AUGCGCACCCCGCUACCGUCAAUCAUCUCGUCUAGCACUAUCGUCUUGAUUUUGGUGUGGUGGUUUAUUCCAUUAGUGAAGGCCGACUAUUGGGAGGUCACAUCGCCGACGUCUGGAGUUGAGUGGGUUAACGGAAGGGCCAAUCUACUUGCCUGGUCCAAGGGCUUGUUGGACGGGAUAGACAUGUUCGACAUCGAAAUGCAGAGACUGAGUGUCGCAGGCGUGAGCUUUGUUGCACACAAUGUCCCCUCGUCCAUGAGUAGCCUGAAUGUCUACCUCCAGGAUGUCCCCGUCGGCAACGACUACUACAUCUCCUUUAUGAACCUCACCGAUGGCGCACUUUGGGCUUCAUCUGCUGCAUUUGCUAUCUCUAAUUCUGCGAAUGCAACAUUGCCGUCCUCUGAUGGGAGCGCACCCACCGUCACGAUUUCCGGCGCGCCCGCUCCUACCGACCAGUUCGCGAUCAGCUUUGCGGCUACAUCGGAUGGAGGGAUGAGCCCAAAGGCCAUGCAGACCGCUGGAGUAAUCCUCACCGUUGCGGCCUGUGCCCUCAGUGGCAUGUUAAUUCACUUGUGA